AUGGCAUGGUAUCAGCCUAGCUUUCUUUUUUCAAAUGAUAAUGACGAAGCUUUUAGUUCCACAACUCAUCGUAAUUGGAUGGAAUUUCCCUGGCAACCCAACGAAGAUGAUGAGAUAGAAUCGAUUACCACUGUAAAUCCAGUGACAAUUCCACCUGUUACUUCUUCAACAGAAGAAACAAAAACAAGCAAUUUCUUCAAUAUUUUCACCAACUUUCUACCUUCAUCAAAAAACGAAAAAUUGAAAGUCAAGCCAAGAGUUAAAAAUCGUCGCGUAAAUUACGAUGAUUAUCAGCUUUGGCGACUGUCAACCAAAACAAAAGAAGAAUCAAAAGUAUUAGAAGAUUAUAAAAUAUCAGACAAGGGAAUGAAUGUACAUUGGAUGAAGGGACCGUCAACGAGAGGGUUCACGGAUGUCGUUGUGUCACCAGAAUACGUAGAAAGUUUUAAAGAUUUUCUUGACGACAAUGACAUUCAAUUUGAUGUGAAAAUUCGUGACCUUCAACAUGCCGUUGAAUAUGAAAAUCCGAGACUAACAAAACGUGAUCAGAUUGAAUUGGAAGUUAUGAAUGGACAUCCUUUGACAUGGUAUCGUUAUCAUCAUUACAGAGAUAUUCAUUCAUAUUUAGAUUAUUUAAAAAGAAAGUAUCCAGAAUUUGUUGAGUUAAUUCAACUUGGAUGGUCAUUCGAAGGUCGUCCUUUGACUGUUGUUAAAGUUUCAUAUCCUUAUGACGAUUCUAACAAUAUUUCAAGACCAUUUAGAAACUUUUUCAUAAAGCCAGGAAUUUUUAUUCAAUCAGGAUUAGAAGCACACGAAUGGCUUUCUAUUGCAUCGGCGACUUACAUUUUAAACAAUUUAAUUAUGAAUAUAAAUAGUAAUGAUACUCUUGGCGAGACGAUUAGGGGGGCGGAUUGGUAUGUGAUGCCAGUAUUGAAUCCAGAUGGCUAUGAAUAUUCAAUGAAUUAUGACAGACUUUGGCAGAAAACAAGAUCAAAACAUUCACAAUCUUCUGACUUCUGGUCAUCAUUGUUCAACUGGUUCAGUACACCUGAGAACCGAACAGAAGAAUGUUUCGGUGUGGAUGUGAAUAGAAAUUUUGAAUAUAAUUGGAUGAAACGUGAUGCGUCUAAUGAGAUUUGUUCUGAUUUUUAUGGAGGCCCAGAACAUUCUUCAGAACCAGAGGUGAAGCUUUUGUCAAAGUUUCUAAUGGAGAAAGAUAAAAAUAUCGAAAUGUUUAUUUCACUUACUGGAUAUGGACAGAAAAUAACUUUUCCUUCAGACCAUCUGAGUCAAGACAAAUUUGAUGAAAUUAAAGAUGUAGCACGAGCUGGAGUAAAAAUGGCAACAAAAACUUUGCCAAAUAAUGAGCUCAAGUUUUCUGUUGAAGGAAAACGUAAAGUUGCUGGAACAAUUGACCAGUUUGCGAUGCAUAAAGCUAAAAUAAAGUUUAGUUACGCUAUUGAAACUCGCGAUGAUUCAUAUGAUAAAUUUUUCGUACAAGGUUCGUCAAUUGAAAAGAAAGCAAAAGAAAUGUUUGAUGUCAUCUAUGGAAUGAUUUCUUUUCUCAAAAUACUAUGA